GUCCGUUGGUGUUCUUCGUCCUCUUGCCUCCCUUCCCCCAUCGCCCGUCUUCUUCUUCGCCUCACAUUCCUCCAGGCUCCCCUUUGCCAGCCGGUCUGCAGCAUCAUGGCCUGGCAAAGCCCCAAUGGCCUUGUGCACGCCAUGCACUCCAUCCGUCGAGCUGCUCAAUUGCGGCCUUUUAUCCAGCGCUCCGUGAUCUCCGCAUCAUCCCCGGUCUCCUCUCCCUCCACGCCGGCUCUCCUCCAGCAAUGCAAGAAUGCCCGCAGCUAUGCGACAGAAAUAGAACCCGUUGCUGCUCCCCCCAUUGACCUCGACAACUUCAUCACCAAGCCUGCCCGCAUCAUCCCCGUGUCGCCGGCCUACUUCUCCGGCAGCCCCAAGUUUUUCGACCAUAUGCUGAAGCUGGAAGCUCUUCUGGCCAAGUAUGCCGCAUUACCCACGGUGUCCCCCAGCGAAGCCCCCAGAAUGGCCUGGUUCAAGCUGCUCCAGUUCCGUGAUGCCGUGGGCGAGCCCGUCCCGACCAAGAAGUACAAGGGCCUCAUCAAGCUCCUGCAGCGUCUCAACCGCAUUGACCCCAAUGUUGCCCCGGAGGAGGUGCGAACGGCUCUCAACUUCUUCCUCCGUCCGGGUAAUCCGUAUGGAAACAAGCCCGCCCCCAGAACGGUGGAUGAACAGGGCAAGGCCCGUGGUAAGGGCAAGCGCAAGGCGUCCUCGGCGGUGGUGCACCUCGUUGAGGGUGAGGGUGAAGUGUUGGUGAACGGAAAGACGCUUAACGAGGUGUUCCCUCGUCUACAUGACCGUGAGAGUGCUGUCUGGCCUCUUCGUUGUACGUCACGGCUGGACAAGUAUAACGUGUGGGCUACCGUUCGCGGUGGAGGAGUGACCGGUCAGGCGGAGGCUAUUACACUGGCUGUUGCACGGGCUCUGCUGGUUCACGAACCUGCUCUUAAGCCUAUCCUGCGGAAGGCUGGUGUGGUUACCGUGGAUGCCCGUCGUGUGGAGAGAAAGAAGCCCGGUCAUGUCAAGGCCCGCAAGAUGCCCACCUGGGUCAAGCGGUGAAAGCAUACCUGCCUACCUUACGCCCAACUUCUUCUUCCCUCCCUCUGUUUCAUUACUCAUGUCCCCCUCUCUGGCCUUUUGGAGGGAUUGUUUCUCUACCUGUUCUCUUUUUUCCCACCCUUUCCCCCUUUAAUUUCCUUGGUUGUAUUAUUCCACUUGGCCUUGUGAUUCUCGACGAAAGUAUAUCCUGUAUUGCAAGCAUCUCAACCCGGUGUCACGAGGAUUCGUUUCAGGACACGACACUGCAUGUUCUCGGCGACAAGCAUGUAACUAUUGACGUUGAACAAUUGAACCGAAACUAUAAGUGUAGACUAUCUGUGCGACGGGGGUGUUGAGCAUGAUUGGACGUGGUAGAAAUGCCCCGUUGACUAAG